AUGCCCAAGGAACAGGAGCAAGGGUCUUCGAUUUCUACUGUUACUGUUAACGACGGCUCAGGCACUUCAAUCAGCCCCUCCGUUAACCAGUUAAUUAAGUCUUCCGUUGCCAAGUCUAUUGGUGCUUUAACCGAUAACCUUACGCGGGUUAUCGAAGAUCUGGGCGGUUUCGCUAAGCGGUUUUCUGAGGAGAAUAGUUCCACUGUCGAGCAAGCCAUCAAAAAGGCGCUUCGAGAAAGUUACACCUGUAAGAGAAAGAGAAAGAGAAACCAACAGCAGCUGGAUCAUAUCAUUCAAGUGCUAGUCAGAUUUAACGAAGCAUCCGACGCUUUGAAAGCAAAAUCCCACGACAAGGUCAAGGCCGCUUUGGACGCAGGUACUGAGGUUGUUUCUAAGAGGAUAAAGGUGAUUUAA